AGCCUCAGCCUGAGCGCAGUCGCUACCAGUCGGACCCUGCCGCCGCCGCCGCCGCCGCCGCCUCCAUCUCCAUCCCUUCCAGCCGCCGCCUCCCGUCGUCGCUAUGGAGGUCACCACAAAGCCCCCGUUCAAGGACCGUCCGGACCGCUUUGAAUAUGACUACGACACGGUCCGCACCGUCGGCCUCACCCUGGCCACGAUCAUGUUCGUGGUGGGAAUUAUCAUUAUCCUCACCCCGUCUGCCCCCAUCCUAGACCCCUGCCCGGCUGCUUUUCCUCCCUUCUCUCUGACUCCCACCUCUCCCGACCCCGACCAGGCAAGAAGGUGAAAUGCAGGAAAGCGGACUCGAGCAGUAAAUCCGACCUGCGGCCCAUCAAAACUCCAACUCCGGCCAUGUAGACCGACUCACUGUUCCGCCCAGCAAACCCGGCUCCUCCACCGACCCCGGGCCGGGCCGGGCCGGGCCGGGCCGGGCCAGGGGAGCCGGGGGGGAGGGAGGGGCCGGGGAAAGGGGGCGAGGCCUCCGGUUCCCCGGCUCCCCCGGGUUCCGUCCCCGCGGGUCGGAGCUCCCGUCACCGGGCCGCCCCGCCAGGCCUCUCCCGCCCCGGGUCCGCGGCGCCGCCGGCUUCCCGCUCAGCGCCCCGAGAGACCGAGGAGCUGCCCCCGCCCGCCGCGCCCCGCGGCCUCCGGGCGCC